AUGCGAGAAAGGUUGGCUGCAGACGAUGUCCUCCUCGGGCUGGUCACCGAGGCGGGAGAACCUGUUGGUGGCGCCGUCGUUUCCGGAAACGAAAUCCGGUACUUCGGCGUCACGCAAGCCUACAGGUCGGCGGGUGCGGCCAGGUUUCUGAACGAGGCGGUUGAGAAACUGCUCCUGGGGCUUGGCUUCGAGGAUUCCUGGCUCGGGUCCUACGGAGCCUACGAGGCCCUACGACUACGACAGGUGUCGCAGCGGCAGGCGGCUCGGCCCCUCGGCCUCUGCGAGGUCGAGAACGCGGUCGAGCGGCGGACCCGCAAUGCUGUUGGCUUGCGGCGGUUGGGGCCAUGGCUGCCCAAGGGCAGUGCUUGCGACUGCCUGCUGCACUGCGACAGACAGCAUGCCCCACCAGCGACGCGUCCAGCCGGAAGACGCGGCGGCGCGCAGGGCUGGCGGCGCUCUGUAGGACCGCAGUCGGACCAGGCUGGGGGCAUUGUCACCGCCAUGCUCCAGUGCAUCCAGGCAGCCGGGCGUGGAUCACCGGCAAAGCAUCUGACGUUCUGGGCAAGCAUGGGAUACCGUGGCGUCUUCAAUGACACCUGCCCAUGGUCCGUUAUGAAACGGAACUUGCUUGCGCAUCCCACUACGCCCACCCUGGCCAACUUCCAAUCGCUGGAGCUCCCAGGCAAUGAUGCUGCUGGUGCUGCCAUCUUCUGUAAUGGCACGGAGGAGACGUGGGGUCACUGGGCGUAG